AUUAUAUAAAUAAAUAACAAUAUAAAGCUUCAACACAAUCAAGGGGUAAUAGGGUCAAUAACAUACUAAAGUGAUAACCGAAGGACGAAAUUGGAAAUUAAUAAUGUAUUUACCUUUUACAGCUUAUAUAUGCACCUUGUUGCCAAAUUCUUCCUUCAUCAAUUCACAAGAGAAACAAAAUUAGCAAUUGAGAAAAUCUCCAUCUCUCUCUAGCCCUUCCACUAGAGAGAGAAUCUAUAUAUACACAUAUACAUAUUAUAUAUCAGUUGUAAAGAGUAUAUAGCAGUAUUUUCUUCUUCUCUACUUGUGAAAAAUCAAUAAUGGAAGGAAAAAAAUUUGCAGUUUUAUUAUGUGCAGAGGAUUCAGAAUAUGUGAAGAAGAAAUACGGAGGUUAUUUCGGGGUUUUCGUGAGAAUGCUGGCGGAGGAAGGUGAAAUUUGGGAGUUUUUCAGGGUGGCUCACGGCGAGUUUCCGGCGGAUGAUGAGAUCGCCGAUUACGAUGGAUACGUAAUCACCGGAAGUUGCAAUGACGCUCACGGCAAUGAUAUGUGGAUCUGCAAGUUAUUGAAUUUGCUCAAAAAACUUGAUUCAAUGAAGAAGAAAGUUUUGGGUAUUUGCUUUGGACACCAGAUCUUAGGACGAUCAUUGGGCGGAACUAUAGAGAGAGCGACUACUGGAUGGGACAUUGGCGUCACCACUGUUAAUUUAUCAACGACCAAGCAAUUCAACGCUCUCAACUUACCUGCAUCUUUGCAAAUUAUUGAGUGUCAUCGUGAUGAGAUCCGUGAGCUUCCACCCAAAGCAGAGGUGAUUGCAUGGUCCAACAAAACUGGAAUUGAGAUGUUUAAAUAUGGUGAUCACAUCAUGGGCAUUCAAGGUCACCCCGAGUACACCAAGGACAUUCUUCUCCACCUCAUUGAUCGUCUUCUUCAACACAGUCUUAUUCAGGAGAGCAUUGCUGAUGUGGCCAAACUGAAGGUUGAAGAGCUUGAGCCAGACAGGGAGCUAUGGAAGAAAUUAUGCAUCAGCUUUCUCAAGGGGAAAUUGUGAUUGAAUAUUCUCUCAAUUUAUUAGAGGCUACUGGAAUUGGUCAAAAAUGUAAAAUGUAAAUAGGAGAUGGUGUUAGAUGAAAUUUUAGCCUGUUUCGGAGUUUGGACUUUCACAUGACGUCAUCAAGAAUUUAUUUAAGAUUAAACUUUUAACUGUUGAAAUUGCCUAGGUCAAUUUCUAUCCGAUUAUUUAGAUUUCAUUAAUUAACUACCAUCUCUAUAUUGUUCUUAA